CCAAUUAAAGAACACGGAAAUGGGUGAAGAAACUCCAGUGGAAGUUCAACAUGUUCAGGAAGAACCGAUUUCUUCGGUGACAGAAGAUUUGUAUCAUGCCGUCGAAGAAGCCGUCAGUUCGAAACAUUUAGUACCGGACAGUGUGACAACAGAACCUACGGUCUCUCCCAAACCGGUGGAAACUUCAAAGACAGCUCAUCCGUCAGCAACAGUCGAACUCAAAGUCAAUGUUGCUCCGGCCUACAUUCACGAAGCAAUUGCUAAAAUUGCUCCGGAACAAGGCUUCACUCCCGGGCAAUUUCAAGUUACUUUAGAGGUUGGUUCUAGUAUAGGUGAUGGGUUUAUAGCGGAAAUGUUUCGUGCUCAAAUCACCGAGGGUAAUCGAAAUAUGGUAGUUCUCUGCAAGAUUCCACCGACCAAUGAAGCUAGACGUAAGCAUUCCAUGCCAUCAUUCAACCGUGAAGUAUUUGCUUACACUAGUUUUCUACCUGCGAUAUACGAGUUUCAACGGGAGAAAGGAAUCACCGAAGCACAAGGUGUUGGAUUUUUCAACACACCUCACUGUUACUUGGCCUACUACGAUGAAGCUAAGGAAGAAUCCGUCAUUGCGAUGGAUGACUUACGACUGAAGGGCUAUCGAAUGUGGAACAAAAUGGUACCGGUUAACUACGAGCAUACCAAACUAUUGAUGAUUCAGCUUGGAAGAUUACAUGCUCUGUCGUUUGCUCUCAAAGACCAACGCCCGGAUUUAUUUGAGAAGUUCAAAGUACCGGAUCCUAUGGUAGAGACCUUCCAAAAGAAUCCUCCACUUAUUGAUAUGAUGUGUAUAACUCUGGAUCGAGCAUUGACAGCGUUAGAACCAAACGAGGAAAUAGCUCGCCAAAAGUUAUUGAAAUUAAAAGGUACUAUGUUCAAUGACAUGGUGAACUUAACCGAUGCGAAUCCAAUAGAACGCUAUGCCGUGGUUGGUCAUGGUGAUUGUUGGAGUAAUAACAUGAUGUAUUCAUACAAGAAAGGAGUUCCCACUGAGGUGAUUUUACUUGACUGGCAGAUAUGUCGCUACGUAUCACCGACCUUGGAUAUAUUGUAUUUUUUGUUCUGUUGCACCGACGGUGAAUUCCGAGCGGCACACUACGACGAAAUGAUCCACAUCUACUACGCAUCACUCAGAACGCUACUGGAGAAACUCGGCGGCGAUCCGACACGGCAAUUCCCGUACACUACCCUUCUUAGACAGCUGAAGCAGUACGGAAAAUUCGGCGUGAUAAUGGCAUCGUUUUUGGUACCGAUGUUGUGCAUGGAAAACACCGAUUUGCCCGAUUUGGAUGCCGAGGCAGAAAAAUUCGAGAAGACUCAACAAAUCAACAAUGAUAUGUUCGCCGUGAACGAGAAGAGUGAGGCGAAAUACCGGAAACGAAUGUCGGCUGUCAUCAGGGAUGCGAUUAGAUACGGUUAUCUGUAGGCGUUGGGUUGCGUAGGGCAUGAAACGUAAAUUGAAGAUAUUGAAUGUAGCCAAAAUAUAAUUUAUCUAUGAACACGA